CUAUAAAUAACCUUUUCACAGGUAGAUUUUUGUAUACAUUCAUUGAUCAAAGUAACGUCAAGGUAAACUUCAAACAGUAAAUAGAAAACCAAAGUUUUUAGAAAAAACAAUGCAUAAUAUUGACAUAAACAUCCUUUGAAAAGCCAUCAUUUGUGAAUGAAUUCUAAAGACAACAUGGAAUCCCAGUCAUAUUCUAUAAUGAGUUUACCAGAUGAGGUAAUAGUGAAAAUACUUUCAUACAUUUCACAGUAUGAACUGAUAUAUACCAUACAACACAUCAAUACAGACAUGCACCAAUUAUGCUUUGCACCGUUACUAUGGAAAUCUAUCAACAGCAUACAAGAUCUUAUUGAAGAGGAAGAUGAUGAUCCAAAUUUUAAAACCUUUUUCAGAACAAUAUUGCCUUACGUUGAGCAAAUAAAUAUUGAUAUUGAUCUGGAUUCGUUCUUUUCAAUUCUAACUACCAAUGAGAAUAUGAUUUUAUAUAAUUUGAGAAAAGCAGAACUUCAUUUUGUUAUCAAUGGUCCCGAAGAAUUAGAGAGGACUGUGCUACAUUUACCAGAUAUAAGAGAAAUUAAAGUGAUAGUUUCCACAGCAUAUACUGAUAGACUUCCUCAGUGUACCAAAGUUUUGUCUUCUCUGACAAAAUUAGAAAGGUUGACACUUGUUCGUCGAGGUAAAAGCCUUUUUUACCAUAAACCUUAUAAGGAAGACAGGACCAGAGAAUUGAACAAUCUAAUAUCAAAUCAUCCUGGACUUAAGAUGUUUUCUAUAGAACGUCAAAGAUUUCACCGCUCCACUUUUGAACUACUGCUAUCAACAUGCAAAGACUUGGAAUGUAUAAAGCUGAAUAAGUGUAUAGAAAUAAGGGCUGAUGGAAUUGAUAUGCCUUUGCAGACAUCAUUAACAUCAUUUAUAUCAAAAGAUUGUAAGAUAGAUGAUCACUUCGUAGAAGUUCUGACUGAAAGUUGUCCAAAUCUGAAAAAAAUCUCCUUUGAUCAAUGUCAGACCAUAAAUGAUAAAUGUUUACAACAUAUCAGAGAUAAUUGUCCUUUAUUAGAAGACCUUAUCCUUAAUCAACAAAAGCCUGAAAAGAACAUAACAUUACCGCCUCAGACCUCAAUAUCAGAUGAUGGUUUAGAAAAAAUUGCCAGGGGAUGUCCAAUACUAAAACGUUUACUUGUAAAUUAUUGUAAUAAUGUGAGUGAUGCAGGUAUUAAGAAUAUUGCUGAAUAUUGUCCUAUGCUUUUAGUAUUGGAAACUGAGGGAUGUUCACAAGUUACAGAAGAUUCAGUAAGAUGCAUUGCAUCUAAAUGCAAAUGGCUUCACAAAGCAAACUUCAGCCAUUGCAAAAACAUUACAUUUCAAAGUAUAAACUACUUAGUUAGGAAAUGUAAUUAUUUGGAAAAGUUAGAUCUUACAUUAUGCGGUGAUAAUCAAUUUGAACAGACUGAAAGUGUAUAUGAAAAUCAAAUUAUUCCAAAUCAAGUCCAAGCUUUAAAAGAAAACAUUACAAGUUCAACUCAAAAUAAGCAAAAGGAUGGUUCGAAAAUAAGGACUGUAAUGCCAUCAAUUGAAAAUGUAAAUGUCAGAAGAUCCCAUCCAUUGUCAGAACUAUAUUUAAACUCGGCAAACAUUGAUGAUGAAACAGUAUUUUUUACAGCAAACAUCUGUGCAGAUCUCCGAACUUUAAACUUAAAUGAUAACCCUCAAGUUACUGAUAUGGCAAUAACCAGGUUGAUGCAAAACUGUAAAUUUUUACAAGUCUUGCAUCUUUCAGGAAGCAUAAAACAAACGUGUAACUUAACGAAUGAUUCCCUUUCAUCAAUUGCUAAAUAUGGAGAAAAUUUAAAAGCUCUAACAAUAACUGGAAACAAACAAAUCAACAUAGAUGGAAUAAAAGAGGUCAUCUGUUCAUGUGAUAGUUUGACACAGUUUGAUUUCACUGUUGGAAGCAUUUUCAAAGUUUUAGAAACUCAGGUCACAAAUUUUAUUGACAAAUAUGACCAAAAACGUAUCUUCAUGAGGUCAGGAAGAGGUAUGGGCCUUGACUGUCAAGCUUAUAAUAUGAAUCCAAACUAUUACAAUGUUCAACUAUAUAUAAGUAGACUUCAUUCUAGAUUUACUAUCUAAGAAAUCAAUAUUCCUUUAAAAUGUAUAUUUUAGAUCCACAUGAAUCAGAGAAUUUUUUUUCAAGGAACACAUAUGAUUAUCUGACAUUAGUGUGAACAAUGUCUAUAUGUAAUGAAACAAAAUACAUUCAGUACAAUAUAAAUACACAUAAAUAACGAUGUGGAUUCAGAAACAAGAAACUAAGGCUUAUAUUAAUUUGAAUAUAAAAGAAAUCUCUGUAAAAUGCAAAUUACUGAUUUUUUUUUUUAUUAAUUGAAAGGGGCAGAUAUAAAAAGAUUAAAAGAGAAAUUGGGAUUUGCACAUAUUGUGGUUUAAAUGAAAUAGAAGAUGAAUCCCACAUUUUUUCCACCUGUCUCAUUAAUCAAACUCGACAUCUUGAAUUUGAAAAUCAUAUUAAUAUUGAGAUUCCAGAACUUUUAAUAAUUUUGAUAAAAAAGCUAAUAAAAAUGUUAGCUAUGCCUGAACUUAUUUAGUGUGUUGUUGCAUUCAUUAGAAUGUCCAAAGUACUGUGGAAACUCUGAAAGUGAACUCUUUAACUGUAUGGUUACAACACAGCUAUGUAAUUAAAAAUUUGCAUAUUUUA